AUUUAUUUUGACGCGACACCGCAUUAGCUUUGGCUGUGUGAAGCCACUUAGCUGUCGCUUCUUUAGCUUAUUAUUUGAUGAGUAUUUGGCGAUAAGACUCCGUGGUUCAUCGAUGCCACUGAAGGAUCAGUCAAACUCGACGGUCGCCAUGAAACCAGCAGUGGACGAGAUGUUUCCCGAGGGCGCGGGGCCGUACGUGGAUCUGGAUGAGGCUGGGGGAAGCACAGGACUGCUGAUGGAUCUGGCUGCCAAUGAAAAGGCAGUUCACUCAGACUUCUUCAAUGAUUUUGAGGAUCUGUUUGAUGAUGAUGACAUCCAGUGACAUAGACUCCCCAGUUGAUGGAUGAUAUUCUCACCACUCCACAUCUUUUUUUUUUUUCGGGUGGAAAGCAAACCAACCAUUUACUGUCUAAUUGCAUACAAUUUCCUUUCAUAGUUGUUCUAGUUUCAGGCUUUUUUAAAAACAAUCCUUAAAAAGUUGUCACCAGCUCCAGAUGUUGUGAAAUUCUCAAGAUCCUUAGGAUUCCUUCAUAUAUGGUAUGUUUAAAUUAUGAGCUUGUAUCGUGCUCAUGUCUUGGACUGCUUCUAAACUGGAUUGCAGGUUUGAGUGCGCUGGAGAACACCUGUUAGGAGCGUAAUUAUACAUGUGAUGGGCAGAAGCUCCAUAUGCUGUCGCUCUUUAACAUGCUGCAGAUGGCAUAUGAUGAAUGAUGGUCUGCUAAAAUUACUUUAAUUAUUUUUAGUGUCCGAUAGUCACAUACGUUCUGUGUUUGGUUUUAUAUCUGCAGUGAGUCCUGUUGUGUCAUGAAUUUGCACAUGUGUACAGCAGUCUGUGCAUCUACACUUGUAUU